AACCCAACUGCCGAAGCAAAGCUAAAAACGAGAAAUAAUAUGCAAAUGCAAUACGCAACUCUUGAAGAACACCUGCCAUUCAAUUCAAAAUUUCUGGAGAAAAAUUGUUAGAUCAAUCUGUCUUUCUCCUUACGAUUUCUGUUUUACAGCAUUGUUUGUUGUUGUUGUUUUUCAAUCUUCAUUCAGGAAGAAGUUUGAAGAAUUGUAAAGUAUCGAUUGUAACUUCCCUUUCGCGACACUCUUGCUACACUUUCUAGGGGUUCGCGAAGGCAGGAUAUUGAGAAUUUGAUCCUCCUCAUUCGGCAUCAGUUUUUUAUGGAUAUGAAGUAUUAUGUGGGAUCCUUCUGAUGCCCACAUGUCUGGUUCAUGGUUCUGUUGGAGAGAACUAAUUGAAACUGAGGCAACCUGCCUUAUAUAAGUUCGUUUAGGAAGGAAGCUAAAGUGAUUAAUUCUGUCUUCGGUGACAUGGAAGCUUGUGCUUGAGUUUUGCAUCAUCCUGAUUGUGGGCCAUAUUUCUAGAGAUUCUGAGAAGCAGCAUCUUGAAAUGGGAUGGAGGGGAAUUUUAGUCUCGCUACUAUGUUCCAUCACUUUGGUUGAAUCAUCAAGCAAUUCUAGAAAGAUGUGGUCGCUGAACAUAGUUUCAGAAUCAUCUCCACUUUAUAGUUGGGCUGUAUACAUUGCUGGUUUUUUUGUACUGGUGGCUGUUGUCCUGUCUAUGUAUCUAAUUGUUGAGCAUCUAGCUGCAUACAAGCAGCCUGAGGAGCAGAAGUUUUUGAUUGGACUGAUCUUGAUGGUUCCUGUUUAUGCAGUGGAAUCGUUCUUAUCUUUAAUGGACUCAAAUGCCGCAUUCAACUGUGAGAUCAUACGCGAUUGUUAUGAGGCUUUUGCACUAUAUUGCUUCGAGAGGUAUCUGAUAGCCUGCUUAGGUGGAGAGAAAAACACCAUCGAAUUUAUGGAAAGUCAAAGUGUUGUAAGUUCCAGCUUGCCUCUGCUGGAUGAUGCCUAUGCAUAUGGAGUUGUUGAACAUCCUUUCCCAUUGAAUUGCUUUAUCAAGGAGUGGUAUCUUGGUUCUGACUUCUAUCAAGCAGUAAAAAUUGGGAUAGUGCAAUAUAUGAUACUUAAGAUGAUAUGUGCUUUACUGGCUGUGAUUUUUCAUCUUUUUGGCAUCUAUGGUGAAGGCAAAUUUGAGUGGAGAUAUGCCUAUCCGUACUUGGCAGUUGUUCUUAAUUUUAGCCAGACGUGGGCCUUAUAUUGCCUUGUGCAGUUUUAUUCAGUCACCAAGAAUAAAUUAGCACCGAUUAAGCCGUUGGCAAAGUUUCUGGUUUUCAAGUCAAUUGUAUUCUUGACGUGGUGGCAAGGUAUAGCUGUUGCCUUUCUCUUAUCAUUUGGAACAUUCAAAGGUUCUUUGGCGCAGCUGUUGAAGACACGGAUCCAGGACUAUAUCAUCUGUAUUGAGAUGGGCGUUGCUGCUCUGGUGCAUCUUUAUGUUUUCCCAGCAAAGCCUUAUAAGCGUGGGGAAAGAUGUGUCAGGAAUGUAGCUGUGCUGUCAGAUUAUGCUGCUCUGGACACCCCACCAGAUCCAGAGGAAGUUCGGGACUGUGAAAGGUCUACCCGUGCACGCAUUUCUCGGCCUGAAGAGAGAGAGAAGCGUCUAAAAUUUCACCAGAGUGUUCGUGAUGUAGUUGUUGGAAGUGGUGAAAUAAUAAUUGAUGAUAUGAGGUUCACAGUAUCUCAUGUUGCCGAACCAGUUGAAAGGGGAAUUGCUAAAAUAAAUAAGACUUUCCAUCAGAUAUCAGAAAACGUAAAACGGUAUGAAGAGAGGAGGAGGAACUCGAAGGAUGACAGUUAUGUUGUUCCGCUGAACUCAUGGACGAAUGAGUUCUCAGAAGUACAUGAUGAUCUUGUUGAAGGGAGUAUGAGUGACAGUGGGAUGCAUGGCAAGAGACCACAUCAUCAAUCCAAAGGGAUGUCAUCCCUACGGAGAUAGUAAACCUUUAAUCUGACCUAUAGAAAAGUUUAGAUUUCAUCUUCUAACCAUAUUGUUCAUUCAGUAUCCACUGUGGAAGUUUUCCACAGUGAGAUAAUAUGGUAAGCAACCUAUAUUAGUAGUGCAUAUGAUCAUUGAGAAGGCACCUGUCAGGGUUGAAGUAGUGGAAAGAUUUGAAUAGCUGAUGAUUUUCAUAUGUAAAGUUUGGAGGAAAAUUCAGAUAAUGACAUGGGUGGAGUAAACUGAUUAUAUAGUUUGUAGCAGGAGGUGAAAGAAAAUUUUCAGCUACUAACUUCCGAC